GUCAUGUUGGACACGCUCACCUUCCUCCUGGAGAGACUCUUCCUCCUCGCCCACAUCAAGUUGUCCAGCCUGCUGCCACCUCUGGGCAGGGAGCGCGGAGACUCGCCGCUCACCAGCCGCAGUGACCGGGACGAAUCUCCUCCGCAGAGGUUGCAGCGGGGAGACCUGCUGGAGGUCCCUCGGACGCUCUUUGUCCAUUUCGGCAUCUACCUGGGCGACAACCGCGUGGCGCACCUCAUCCCGGACAUCCUGCCGGUGCUGACCGCUGACAGCCGGCAGAUCCAGGAGAUGGUGACCAACACACGGCUGCUGCUCGGGGUGCUCUCCAAGCGCGCCAGCAUUCGGGUGGACUCAGUGGAGGACUUCGCGUACGGAGCCGAGAUCCUGCGCAACGCCAUGGACCGGACAGUGCACCGGAGUCCGCUGACGGGGGAGGAGGUGGCCCGGCGGGCGGAGCGCCUAGUGGGCAGCGUGUCCUACAGCCUGCUGUGGAACAACUGCGAGCACUUCGUCACAUACUGUCGCUACGGCGUGGCGGAGAGCCUGCAGACCGAGGAGUUCUGUGAGUGGCUGAAGUCGCUGAUCCGAGACCAGCGUGUCAUCGUCCUCACGAUGCUGCUGGGCCUCCUGUCCAUGGCGUGUUUAGGAAUAUCGUCCAGCACCGCCCUGCCCGCCCUCCUCAUCCCCUUCACCCUGUGGAUGGCUAGCUAGGCGCUUCGCCUGAGCUGCCAUGUUGGAAGACUGACCGAAAGGAAGCUGUUGUCUGCAAACACUUUCAAAAUAAUGACUGAACCUAAGUGCACUUGUAGCUCUUUCCUGCACCGUUUGCAGUGAUGCGUCUUACGUUUUGUGCUAAACAUAAGAAGUUCAUCUGCAGGUUUUGUUGUGAAGGAAUGAGUCCAGUAUGGCAGUGCGUGGCUUGUAACCAUUUCCCCAACAAUAACGUGACACUUCUGGAGACAAAACCACAGAUUUACUCAUAUUCAUGGCAUUUCACUAUUCAUAUUAUAAUAUUACAUUUUGUAAAUCUAUCUGCCUUAUGUCUUUUCAGCCUAGAGGGUCCAAAGAGACUCAGAACAA